CCGGUUCUUCUCGAGAAAAAGAAAGUCGCACUUGGUGACACUUCGGCUUUCUUUGAACUUCGCCAAAAGCUGUGAGCUCGUAAAGCAGUCGUGAGGGUGUGCUGGUAUAAAACACACCCUCACCUCACCUGAGCUCAUCCAAACACACACACACACACACACACACACAUGGACGGCGCAGAGAUUGAUCACCUGACCGCUAAACUUCUGGCGCAGUGGGACUGGAGGAGCGACCCCCGACCUUUCGGGCAGCAAGGCGGCUCCAUCAGACGCGGAUGCUCAUCACCUGAACCCUCUGCGUCUCCCUGCUCCACCUGUUCGUCCUCCUCUUCAUCCUCCUCCUCUUCAUCUUCCUCAUCCCCAGACGCUCCUGGAGAAAUGUUCUUGGAUUAUUCCUACGCAGGAAGAAAAACGGCGCAGACGAAAGCGUCUAGACCUAAAAUGUCGACCAAGAGGCGCAUGAAGGCGAGCGAGAGAGAGAAGAUGCGCAUGAGGAGUUUAGCUGAAGCUCUGCAUCAGCUCCGGGAUUACCUGCCUCCUGUCUACAGCCGCAGAGGACAACCACUGACCAAGAUCCAGACUCUCAAAUACACCAUCGAGUACAUAAAGGAGCUGUCGGAAAUCCUCAGCCAGGAAUGACCCCCUCACCAUCCCUGAGAAGUUCAUGGACACUGGUCUUUAUCUUCUAAACAGCUUCUCUGUACAGAAAUGUGCCAUAAUCCUGAUGUAAAUAUUUGUUUUGGCACUUUUUUUUUCUUCUUCUUCUUCUUCUUCUUUUUUUUUUUUUUUUUUUUUUUUUAACUGUAUUCCUAUUCAUUUGUUUCAUAAUCAAAUAUUCCAAGAAGAAGAUGAUGGAAUAAAUCUUGUUUAAUUUUAUUAUACAGCCUCUGUGUCAUUUAUUUGUUCCUCUCACUGGAUCACUGGAAACUUGGUGCAGAUUGCAGGCACAGCAACAACACUAGAAAAUGCAAAAGACGUGUAUAAAUUAACACCGGCGAGACAUAGAAGGUCUAACUUGGGUAGGCUUUAUCUGUUAAAUGCUCUCGAGCUGUAAUUAUUUAAGCGCGUAAUGCUUUCAAUUGGCAUUUAAAAAAAAAAAGAUAAAUAAGCAGAUUUCUCUCUAAUGUGUUGCAUAUAAAAUAGGAUAUAUGAGCAAGACAAGUUGUGUACACAAUGAACAGAAGUCAUCCAGUGAAUUAUAAGGCAAUGAUUUCAACUUAAUUGUAUGUAUAGCGCUUGGUAUAUAUGCCCAUCCAUAUGCUGAGUGCAGAGGUGCAGGCCGCAGCAGCAUAUACACUCUUCAAGAAAUGUCUUCAUUUAUACUAGCGCUACUGCUUUUGAGUAAAUUGUAAAGUACUGCAAAUUCCCAUAUACAGUAAGUUACUGUAAACUUCAUAACAAUACCCAUAAUGCAGUGUAUAUUACAGUGGUUAACCGUAAAUAAUAUAUAUGGUAUUUUACUAGGCUUUUUUUUUUUUUUUUUACGGUACGUAACGGUAACAUUACAGCAAAGUCUAACAGUGUACUGGAUGUAAAGAGAGGCACACUGUAAUCAGGAGAAAUUCACCACCUGGGACAAAACCAUCAUCCAGAAUACUGCAAAGCUCAUCCACAAUAAAAUUGGAAACUGUUUUUAAAAAGUACUUGAUGUGUAGGCCUACAUGCAGUACACGCAUUUGUGUUUGUAGCAGUAGAUUCUUUAAAUGAACUGUAAAAGUUCUGUGUUUUAUUCAACUGUUAUGUCACAUGACAAUUAAUACUGAAUAGUAAUUGCUGAAACAAACAAGCAUAUGUUAAAACAUAGGG